AUGGAGGAACAUUUGCGCCACAGUCUCUCCAACCACCCCAACCCCUUUCAGAGCGUGCACCAUAGCCCGAGUCGCUCUGAAAGGAUGACUCGCAUCAACGAAGGGUCCACCACUGCCCUCGAGCACGAACUCACCACCAUGCAGCAACACCGCAGUGGCAGCUCCAGUGACGAAGAAGGUGCCCCGCCACCACGCUAUACCCCCCAAAAUGAUCCGUUCCGUCUCGCCUCGAAGCUCAAGACCGAGGAUGAGAUCCGUCAGAUGAAAGCGAAUACCUCAAGGAAACGUGAUUCCACAACCGGCGCCAAAGGUCGCAAGGUUGCGUCCAUGGUGGAGAGCACCACUCGCCUCGGCAAGCAGGCCUUCAUUACAAAGAAGCUCCAGGGAUUCUACGAGUCUCAGAAUGAGAAUAUCGAGCGCAUGCUCAAGCCUGUCGAGGAACACCGCCGUGCCGCCCGCGAAUUGAACAUCGACAACCGCCUCAAAUACCGUAUCGCCGUGUACGGCUCUUUUGCCGCCAACAUUAUCCUCUCCAUCAUCCAAGUCUAUGGCGCCGUGUCCUCCGGUUCCCUCUCCCUCUUUACCACCAUGGCCGACGCUGUCUUCGAUCCGAUGUCCAAUCUGACUCUCUUGCUAUGCAACAAAGCCGUCAACCGGGUGGACCCACGCAAAUUCCCUGCUGGAAAAGCUCGCAUCGAAACCGCCGGCAACAUCUGCUUCUGUUUCCUCAUGACCGCCGUCUCCUUCAUUCUGAUUGCCUUCUCGAUCCGUGAGCUUGCAGAGGGCUCCACGGAAGAAACCCAAAGCUUCCACCUUCCCUCCGUGAUAGCCGUCUCUGUCGCCUUCGCCACCAAACUCGCUCUCUUCCUCUACUGCUGGGCUCUCCGCAACCAGGUCUCCCAAAUCCGCAUCCUGUGGGAGGACCACCGCAACGAUCUCUUCAUCAACGGAUUCGGUAUCCUCACAUCUGUCGGUGGCAGUAAGUUGCGCUGGUGGAUUGAUCCCAUGGGUGCCAUCAUCCUCUCCGUGUUGGUCAGCGUUCUCUGGCUACACUCCGCCUACGGCGAGUUCCAGCUCCUGGUCGGCGUGACAGCCGACACCAACAUGCAACAACUCAUCACCUACAUCUCGAUGACCCACUCACCGCUCAUCACGGCCAUCGACACUGUCCGCGCUUAUACUUCCGGACCACGCUUGCUGGUUGAGGUUGAUGUUGUCAUGGACGCGGAUGCUUCUCUGCGUGCUACUCACGACGUUGCUGAGGAACUUCAGAUCAAGCUCGAGUCUCUGCCUGAUGUUGAGCGUGCUUAUGUUCACGUCGACUAUGAGACAACGCAUAAGCCUGAGCACUUCCUCAAGAAAGAAUUGUAG